GAGCUCACUCACAGCCCACUCAUCACAGCCAUUCCACGACAGUACGGACUUUGACAAGUGGAUAGCCAGACGAUCAAAAUGACGCCUCAAUUACGCGAAGACGAGAUAGAUGACCUGCUGUAUGCAGCUCGCACUGGCGAUAACGAUGAACUGACGUCUCUGCUAUCCUCGCUGGCUGAGAGGGAAAAUGCGUCACCGGCCGAAAUCCUCAUAACCGCAAAGGACGAGGGCAAGUCAACGUGCCUGCACAUGGCGACAGGAAAUGGCCACACUGAAACCGUUGCCCUCCUAAUUUCACACUUCGCAUCCCGCCCCAAGGAAGAAGAGCAGGCCUUCCUCGACGCGCCCAACGAGUACGGCAACACGGGCCUACACUGGGCGGCUCUGGGCGGUCAUUUGCCGGUUGUGACGCUGCUGGUCGAGCACGGCGCGUCGGUGGCGCUGGCCAAUGACAAGAACUACGUGCCGCUGGACCUGGCGAGCUUUGGCGACAAGUUUGACGUGGUCGACUAUUUCCUGGCGCAGAGCGGCGGGCUGGAGGAGGAGAAUGCCCUGGGAGUGAAACAAGAAGAAGGAGAGGGGUUGAAUGGGGCGGUUGAAGGGGUACAGAUAGAUGAAAAGGGCGAGGAGGAGGAGGAGGCGUGUGAUGAGAAGGGGAAGGGGAAGAAGAAGGAGAAGCAGAACGAGGGAUGUUCAUCAUGAAGGUUGACGGC